UCACAAAAAUGCCUGAGUUCAUCUCGGUGGACGAGUUCAUCGCCGAGACCUUGGAGGAUUACAGCUCGCCGACAACCUCGUCUUUCAUCACGAAAAUGCCAAGUUGUAGAAAUGCCGUGCAUAACAUCGAAGAGGCGCUGGACAGCGACAGGACAAUCUUACAGAAAAUGAAGAAAGCUGCCAAAGCGAAACACGCUUCGGGUCAAGACCACAUCUCGCACCUGGAGCUGUAUAUCAACGCUGUGGAGAAGCUGGCGGUAAACUUCUGCACUAACGGGGAGCAGGAGCUCUCAUCCGCCUUCAAUAAGUUUGCAGACUUUUCCAAAGAGCUGCUGGUGCCCAUGAAAAACCUGCUGAAGAGCAUGCUGCACAACAUCAACUUCUUCUUGGAUUCGCUCGUCAAAGGCGACCUGAAGGAGGUCAAGGGUGACCUGAAAAAGCCUUUCGACAGAGCAUGGAGGGAUUAUGAAAAUAAGUUCACUAAGAUCGAGAAGGAGAAGCGGGAGCUGGCACGGCAGUACGGCAUGGUGCGCACCGAGGUUAGCGGCGGCGAGAUUGCCGAGGAUCUGGAGAAGGAGCGCCGCAUGUUUCAGCUGCAGAUGUGUGAGUACCUUAUCAAAGUGAAUGAGAUCAAGACCAAGAAAGGCGUCGAUCUGCUGCAGAAUCUCAUCAAGCACUACCACUCGCAGUGCAACUUCUUUCAAGAGUGCCUGGUGACCACAGAGAAACUGAAGCGGCACAUUGAGGACAUCACCGGAAAGCUGAACCAUAUCAAACACUCCCAGGACGAGGAGAAGAGACGUUUGUGCUCCCUGAGAGAGCAGCUGCGACCCAUCGUGCAGCCGGAGCUGAAGGAGGACUCUCUCAGCAAACAGUCAGUCUACAGCAUGCAUCAGCUUCAGGGCAACAAGCAGUAUGGGACAGAGAAAUCUGGCUACCUUUACAAGAAGAGUGAUGGGCUGAGGAAGACAUGGCAGAAGAGGAAGUGCGCCGUGCAGAACUGCUACCUGACCAUCGCUCACGCCACCCCUAACAAGCCUCCAGCUAAGCUGAACCUCCUCACCUGCCAAGUCAAGCCCAGCCUGGAAGACAAGAAAUGCUUCGACCUCAUCUCCCAUAACCGCACGUACCACUUCCUGGCAGAGGACGAGCCCGAGUGUGUGGUGUGGAUCUCGGUGCUGACGAACAGCAAACAGGAGGCACUGAACGUGGCGCUGGACGAGCGCAGGCCCAGCGGGGAGAACAGCGUGGAGGACCUGACGCGAGCCAUCACAGCCGACAUCCGCCGCAUGCCGGGGAACAGCGUCUGCUGCGACUGUGGGGCGCCAGACCCCACCUGGGUCUCCACCAACCUUGGUAUCCUCACCUGCAUCGAGUGCUCCGGCAUCCACCGCGAGAUGGGGGUGCAUCAUUCCCGUAUCCAGUCCCUGUCUCUGGACAAGCUGGGAACCUCUGAGCUGCUGCUGGCCAGAAACGUGGGCAACUCAGGAUUUAAUGAAAUUGUAGAGGCCAAUCUUCCCAGUCCCUCCCUGAAGCCGUCUGCCGAGAGCGACAUGACGGCGCGGAAGGAGUUUAUCAUGUGCAAGUAUGUGGAAGGGCAGUUUGCCCGGCGCAGCGGUGACUCCCCUGCAACCAUGCGCGGGAGCCUGCAGGAGGCGGUACACAGGCGUGACAUCUUCACUCUGCUCCGACUCUAUGCUGAGAAGAUGGACCUGAGCCAGCCGUUACCAAGCCACAUGCAGGAGAAAGGGGAGAAUGCGCUGCACCAAGCCGUCUUAUUGGCUGAUCGCACCUCCCUUCACAUGGUAGACUUCCUUGUGCACAACUGUAACAACCUUGAUGCGCAGACGGCCCGCAGGAACACGGCUCUGCACUACUGCUGCCUGCACAACAAGACCGAGUGCCUGAAGCUGCUGCUGCGUGCCAAGGCCAACGCGCACAUCAAAAAUGAGGCUGGGGAGACCUGCUUGGACAUGGUGCGGAGGCUGAGGCACACGCACUGCGAGGAGCUGAUAAACCAGUCGCAGAGUAAUCAGUUCAACUUGCACUUGCACGUGGAGUAUGAGUGGCGCCUCCGACAGGACGAUUUGUACGAAAGCGACGACGACCUGGAUGACAAGAUGGGCCCAGUGAAGAAGGAGCGCUCCAAUCGGCCCGUCAGCCUCUACCAUGCCUCGAGCGGGGGGGGGGCCCACCCAGAGCGGCUGGCGGGGGGUGGAGCCGCUCACAUGACGAGUCGCAGGCUGACUGUGAGCCACGAGCAACGGCGAGAUGUCUAUGCCAUUCCGCCCCUGCAGACACGCAGCCUGGACAGCCCCCCACCACCACCCCCCUCCUCGCCUGCGCCACCGCUCCCUCCCAGGGUUAAAGCUCCAAAUGUGCCACCUCCCCCACCCCCAGUCAGCCCACCUGAGGGCUGGAGCGAAACACUGGCCAAUAAGAAGCGGACCCCUCCCCCGCCACUAGUGAUCCGCCACAAACGCACCUACUCUGAGCCUUCCCCACAGGUCCCCCACAGCCCCCAUGCCCUGCGCCAGGUCCCUGUGGAUUACACAACGCCCAGCGGGAGAGGCUACGGGGGACUGGAGUCACAAUUCCAGAAGUCUGUCUCAGGGUCGCCAAAGUAUGCGGUGCCAGCUCUCAACUCACUGCCCGAGCUGCCAGAGAGAGGGUUCAGAGGGGACGCUGAAGAUAACCCACAGCAGCCCAUUUACCAGAUCCCCCAGGCCAGCGGUCGCACUCUUCCCUUCAGUCACCCUGCCAACUCCAGUCCUCUCGCCACCGAACCCAACGGAGCUUCUUCUAGUCAUCACAGCCAUCAGGGAUCCACCCCUGAUCCCCUGCCCAGGAAAUCGAUGGUGAGGCCCAGAGUGCGGAGGGUCAAAGCCAUUUAUGACUGCGUGGCUGACAACCAUGACGAGCUGACUUUUAACGAGGGCCAGGUGCUGGUCGUGCUGGAGGAGGACGAUCCUGAUUGGUGGCAUGGAUACAUCGAGGGCCAGCCCAGCAAGAGGGGUCUCUUCCCAGCCUCCUUUGUCCACAUCCUGUCUGAAUAGUUGGCUGGCCGACAGAAGCGUGCUGCACUGCUGAAGGACUGUUCCUCCAUCAGAACUGCGGCUCGCCGGCUUUCCUUGUGGCUUCAUGUGGGAAUGGCGUCUACCUGCUUGUAGACCCAAAGACCAGCAUCGUCUGUGCUUUUGUGUCCAUGAGCAGUAAGGUCCUUUCUGAAGGCAAUAUCUCUCACAUAUGGUGUCUCUUUACCUGUCUGCAGACCGUUAGGUCACGUUUCAGAGGAAUGCAUCUUCUUUCCACAAGUACUUCAUUACCUGCCAACCGGGGUGAAAAACAAAAGGCUCAUGUGUAUUUUCUCAAAAUUGGUAAUGCUGGUCCAGAUGAACAGUGAAUAGGCCUCGGUCCCAGAGCUGCUGGAUGGUGCAGGGGGAGUCAUACCUCUAUGAAGGACGGCAGUAUGGUAAAGUGGCAGUAUGGGGGCUGCUUAUAUGCUUAGAAAAGAUAAACAAAGGAAGUGUCAGUGUCACGCAGUGUGCACAGUGUGGCUUCACUGUACACUGUACCUAAACAGCUGGGCCAAGGUCUGCUUUACACUCAUAGACUUCAAAAUGGGAGCCUGUCUGGCCAGUUUACGUGAGCAGUGAACUGCACGAGGACAGAAAGGUGCCAAUCCUUAGACCAUCUGCAGCUGUAACUUCAGAAGUGAAGACUCUACAGUGCACUCUCUCAAAUCAAAGGCCUUGUUGAGAAGCAGUCGCCAGUUUUUCUAUUUUGUUUCCACACCAACCCCUACAAGAGAAAAAAAAAAUAUCCAAUACAAUAGAACUUUUAGGGUUGAAAACAAGCGAGUAAAUAAAACCUGCAAGGGGAACACGAUGACUGUGUGUGCUUCCAGAAAAUUUACUUUACUUAGAACCCCCUACAUACACACACACAUUUUUAGUUUUUUCAUUGCAGUCACAGAUUUUUUUUUUAUUAAACUCAGAUUUCCCUUAUGGGGACUAAAAAUGGGUAUUCAUCACAUUCUGGGGACAUUGUGUCCCCGUAAGUUAAGGCAUACUCACUCACUCACACACACACACACACACACACACACACACACACACACACACGCAUCAAAAACAAGUACUUGAAUACGGUCUGUAUUAUUCGCGUAUUAGAGGUGGCAAUCCAUUGUUAUACGACUUUGUUCAAAUUGCUUUAUUUUUCUAUAGGACUCCACAAUGAUGCAUUUCCUAUUUGUUGGGUGGUUUCCUGUCUGUGCUCUGUUGCUGUUAUAUCCAUAGUAUAUAUCGGAACAAAGGAUCUGUUUUAUGAAUAGUAUUUUGAAACGAUAGUUUUAGAUGAGGAAACAUUUGUAAUGCUUAAAUAUUUUAAGAAAACAAAGACUAUCCUCAGGUUUAUUUGACUUGUCUGGAGGUAAUUCUAUAACUCAUUUUUAUUAAAAGUAUUACGUACCUCAUAUUACAGUUCUUAAUUUUGAGUAAUUUAUAUCUUUGAAGGAUUCAUUUAAGCAGCCAGGAGUUGUGGAACAUGAACUUUUGGUGUGUGAGGAUGCCUGCGGAUGUUGUAAACGAUACUAUUGUCAUGAUGGUGAUUAAAGUCAGGUGACCUAU